AUGGCCGAUGCUCCUCGACUGGCCUCAGACCCCGGCCUUCAGCUGUGCCCUGAAUUCGCUGACCCCGAGUAUGGCAUCUUGCGGCAGGGUUUGGUCGCGGCGGGCCAGGUCGCCUCAGAUGCCGCUGCGACUGAGCACCUGAUCGCCAUCUGGUCUGCCCACAAUGCUGCCAAGAGGGCCCUCUGGGCUGCCCAAGUCGAGGGCGACCGCCUCGCCGACGCCGACCGUCUUUUGCUCGAGGCAGAGGCCC